GAGUGGGAGACAAAAAAUAAAGGAGGAAAAAAAUAGAAAGGAGGCCGGACCCGACACAAAACAUAACGCACACCGAUAGCUGUAGAGGGUCCAUUAAUGGACAUAAAAUAAACAGCGAGCAAAUACGCUUGUUCACGGAAUUUAAUCCCGUUGAGAGCAGGUCAUGCUGUUCUCGCAAAGGUAAUGAGCCGUAAAGCCCUUGGGUUUCGGCUUAGCAGCGCCCACAAACUGCAGCGAAACUGGAAUGAUUGGCAGCCCAGAGGCGACAGCGUGUCAGCAGCUAGCCAGGACGGUGUGAAGUGCAUCGCCACCAGAGACCUGGGUCCAGCUGCAGCAGCUGUAUACGACCCAACAGCAGUGGGAGUAGCAACCUCGGACCGGCCUGUCUCCCCACCUCUCCUACAGAAUGAUGCCUUCCCAGACACCGCAGACACACUGGACGAAGGGGGAGGAUAUGAAGCUGCAGGAGGGUUCAGUGAUGAUACUUUUGGUUGGAAGUCGUUGGGGCAAGAGUUGAGGAUCAACGAUGCGACCGCCGAUUUGACCACUUUUCAGCAGCAUGGAAACCGUGCUUUAGCUUCUAAGGACAUGAGGAAAUCCCACGACAGAGGGAUGUCUCACUCUGAUGAGUCUCGCCUGUCCAACCUCCUGCGCCGUGUGUCCCGUGAGGAGGACAGGGACCGCCGGCUGGCCACUGUCAGACAGCUCCGGGAGUUCAUCACUCACUCUGACAACAAAGUGGCCCUGGUGAAACAGUUGGAUACGAUCCUCAGUACCCUGAAUGAUAUUUUGAAUGAAAGGGCUGUAUCACAACUGGACAAGAGUCCCGUACGGCGGGUCACAGGUUAUUUAACCGGGGUGGGCCGUCAGCGUGCACCAAUUAGCCCAGGUCACCCAGGUCAGGGUUUAACCGGGGUGGGCCGGGGUGGGCAACGGGCCGUGCGACAAUUAGCCCAGCGUCACCCAGGAGUAACCUGCUGUCAGAGCUGUCGUCAGGAAGCAGCGGUAUGCCUGGGUCCCUGUGCACCGUGUCUCAGCUAUGAAACAGGGCGCAUCUUCAAGUGGAUGUUUGUCAGGAGGAACCAGGGCUCCAGCACCCUCACACUGGUGAUGAGUAGCCUGCAGUCCAUCCUGGAGAACCUGGACACGCCGGAGCUGCUGUGUCAGAGCGUCCGCUGCAUCCUGCAGGUGGCCCGCUGCUACCCACACGUCUUCAGCACCAACUUCAGAGAUACGGUGGAUAUCUUGGUGGGCUGGCACAUUGACCACACACAGAAACAGUCUCUGACUCAGCAGGUGUCAGGCUGGCUGCAGAGCCUGGAACAGUUCUGGGUAGCAGACCUGACCUUCUCCACCACGCUGUUGGGACAGGGACAGUUUCUAGAGGACAUGGAGGCCUACGCAGAGGACCUGGGUCACGUGGGUUCUGGCGAGGCGGUAGACGAGGACAUCCCUCCACCCACGGUGUCUCUGCCCAAACUGGCCGCCCUGCUGAGAGUGUUCAGCACCGUGGUGCGCUGCAUCGGACAGCGCUUCAACCCCAUUAGAGGACCGCCCAUCACACAGGCAUACGUCUCUGAUGUAAGGAGAGACACACACACA